CAAUAACUUUGCAAGUGAAUGUUUCUGAGGGAGUGAGAACAUCAUGAGAGAGUAUAAUCUUUUGGGUUUUUGGUUAUGUUUUUUUUUCUUUGAGCGUUAAUUAAACAUCUGAAACUUUCUUACCAUAUCAAAAAUUAGUCAUUGAACCUCUUCAAAUUAGCUCUACAUAUUCAGUUUUGUACUGGACAGAUGUUUUGUUAGUAUGAAACAUGAUGCAGUUAUAAUAUGCCAGAUCUACUCACAAAAUUAUUUAUGCCUCACUUGAGCACUUAGAUGAUGGUUUAUAGCAGUGCUGUUCACUGGCUUGUAUAAUGCUAAUGGUGUAACGUUCAUUCUUUUAGACACUCUUCUCUCAUGCUUAUCUUUCUUUUAAAGGAUAUCAAUCAGAAGCUGCAGGAAGAUAACCAAGAACUGAGAGACCUUUGUUGCUUUCUGGAUGAUGAUAGGCAGAAAGGCAAGAAGGUAUCCCGUGAAUGGCAGAGACUGGGCAGGUACAGUGCUAGCGUUAUGCACAAAGAGGUUGCCUUAUACUUACAGAAGCUGAAAGAAUUGGAAGUGAGACAAGAAGAAGUGGUUAAAGAAAAUCUGGAACUAAAAGAAUUGUGUGUCUUGCUGGAUGAGGAGAAGAGUGGUGGAGCAGGCAGCCGGAGCUCUAUUGACAGCCAAAUCAGCCUGUGCCAGUUAACGGCAACAAGUACGUACAUAAGAGAUGUUGGUGAUGGGAGUAGUACUUCUAGCACUGGAAGUACAGACAGUCCAGACCAUCAUAAACAUCAUCCAAGCACUAGUCCAGAACAUCUUCAAAAAAAUAGGGGUGAAGGAAGCCCUGAGCAUCAGAAACACAGGAGUAUCAGCCCAGAGCAUCUCCAGAAGCCUAGGGGUUCUGGCAGUCCUGAUCAUCACCUGAAAGGACCAAGUCCAGAACAUCACAAAACCAUUGUCAAAACACCUGAGCAACAAAAGCACAGCAGUAGCAGUCCAGAAACUCUCCCAAAGCACACUUUGAGUAGUAGCCCUGAACACUUUCAAAAGCACAGGCCUGGUAGUAGCCCUGAGCAUCAAAAGCACAGCAGUGGCAGCCCGGAUCAUCUUCAAAAGCAUACACCAAGCGGAAGCACAGAACAUCUCCACAAAGUGAGGGGUACGAGCCCUGAGCAUCUCAAACAACAUUUUGGAGGGAGCCCAGAGCAUUUCAAACAUCUCAGUGGAAGCAGCAGAGAAGGUACUCUCAGGAGACAAGUAACAGAUGACCUGUCACCUCACCACAGGAGUAUAUACAAUGGAAUGAAUGAAUCAACCUUGUCCUAUGUUAGGCAGCUGGAGGCAAGAGUAAGACAGCUGGAGGAGGAAAAUCGCAUGCUACCCCAGGAUCCCAGUAGGAUGCCAGCAGGGGCGGAGGGGAGUUACUGCUCUCCAAACGAGCCACCUAGCAUCAGUGGACAUGGCUCAACUUCUCCGCAGUCUGAAUCAGUGGUAAAUGCUCUUAAGGUUGUGUGGAGGAAACUUGGAGAUGCUGCAGGGUCGUGCCCUGGAAUUAGACAACAUUUGUCAGGAAAUCAAUAUAAAGGACCUAUGUAAAAGGACCUGAGCAAGUCCUCUCUCUGAAGAGAAAGAGUUUGACCUGCCAGUGAGAGAUGAAAAAAGAAGUGACUGUAUCCACAGUGACUUUGCGUCUGACAACGGGUUGUCUAUGUGCACUACAUGAGACUUUGUUGGAAACUAGGAGAGGUUCUGCACAGAGAUCUUUCAGACGAGUUACGUUUUUCAGUGUCCCUUGUAUACUGCUGUUUCAGUAUACUGACUAGAUGAAACGCUGCCAAGGCUUUGUCAUUCAAACGCACCACAUUUAGAAGCAUUGAGAUAUUCCCAUCAUAUUUAGAUAUCAUCCUAACUAAAGAUGAUUGAGAUUCUGAAGGAAUUACAUGAAGUAAAUUGUUAUUUUGGAUAGUUGCAGUGAAUCUCUGGUAAGUCCGAAUUAAUUUUCCAUUAGAUUUAACUAAAGUUUUUCACCAGACUGGAGAGAUAUCGAUAAACUGUGCCUUUAGUCUCCACAGUUUUAGGAAAGUCACUUGCUUAGUAACUCUCUCUUCAGUCUGUAAAGUAUCAGUUAAUGGUGCUUAGGCAAUUUCCAGCUGAUUUUUUUGUUUUAUUAGAAUACUUGCAUUUUGAGGUGCUAAAAGACCAUAAAGUCUCCUAACCAGCCAGUAGUGUAGCAGAACUACAGUACCUGUAGUAAAACAUGAUUUCUUUCUAAAUGAAAGUGAAAUUAGCUUUCUUUUUGGUUCACUUUGACGCAAAUCUUCUGAAGACCUAUAUGAUGUUCACAACCCUUUAAUGAACAGAAUAUUUAGGUAUCACUAUUAAAGGUCUCAAAUCAGAAUUUCCACCAGAGUUUUUUCUGAAAGUAUUUUCCAGUUGUCACGAUGCUAAUUUCUGCUGUUUAAUUUAGAGACAUGCUGUUUUAUUUAGCAAGAGUCUAUAAGAAUCUAAAAGAUUGCACUGCAUUAUGAAAAAAAGCUUUUCUUGCUACUGUAGCCUUCUUUCAAAGAAAAAAGUUUUAUUAUAGUCAGAGCAUGUCUUUCAUUAUUAUGAGGCAAAAAGCUCUUGUUCAGAUUGCCUGAGAUUUGACCAGAAGGUGCCCUAGAUGUGCUUGGUUUAUUUUUUUCCUAUGUGUAUGAUAUUAGUUGUGUGUAUUGAAUUGCAAUGAUAGAUAUUUUGUGUAUAUCUAAAAGCAAUGAUAGUUUCUUGUAUGAAUGUGCAACAGGCUUGUGACUGAAUGCUGUUGCUUAACUUUUUACCGUAGUUGAGUAUCAACAAAUUAAAUAAAAAUAAAAGAAUAGGAAUGCAACAAUUCCCAGGUUUCUGGUUUGUUCUUGAUUACUAAGAUUUGAGCCAAAGUCAGUACUCUCUGUUUUCUCUGAGCUUGUAACAUGCCGUAUUAGUGGACUGUUUGUAGUGGAACGUAGCUCGGUUGCUGUACAAUCUUUUGUUAUAUUAUUAAUAGUAUGACGUAAAAUCUGAUGUCUUCAGAAAAACACAAAAUGUUAAUUUGCAGCGGUAAUUAUAUUGGAUUCUGUUGUUAUUUUUACUUGGUACCAUUCGACGUAAGGCCUCCGAUCCAGCACCACUUUCUCAGGCAAAACUCCUGUUCACUCCUUCUCCGUGAGUUAGAAAUGCAGAAUCUAGCCUUCUGUUUUGAAACACUGCACUCUUAGAAAAUUUCUUACAUAUAACCCCCAAAACAGUUGUCUGUUAUCUUUUCAUGUUGUUUUCUCCCAUACGUAUUGUUUGCAUAGUUACACUUAAAUUGUUGUAUUCCUAUAUAUCUAUACAUGUAUGUAUGAAAAAAUGUAAAACAUGUACUUGUGCCUGCAGUACAUAUGUGCAGGGGCUAAUUUGAGGGACACUGGUCUUUUGACACGACACUUGUGUAAAUUUUGAUACUGUAUUAAAACUAUUUUUUUACAGUUCUGCAUACAAUUGGGUAUCAAGUAUCUGUGUUCAUCUUAGCAACAGUA